AUGCAUUCUGAGCCUUCCACAUCCCGCUCCCAGGGAGCAUCUCCACCACCAAUUGAAACUCCAGUAACUGAAUACAGUGAAUAUGAGUUCUCCAGCGAUGUAGCCGUGGUAGGCAUGGCCUGCCGCGUGGCAGGAGGAAACAACAGCCCAGAACUUCUCUGGAAAUCGCUCCUCAGUCAGAAGAGUGCUGUCGGCGAGAUUCCAGAAAUGCGCUGGGAGCCCUACGCUCGUCGAGACCCACGAAAUGCAAAGGCUCUCAAGAAUACUACCAAACGUGGCUAUUUCCUGGAUCAUCUGGAGAACUUUGAUUGUCAAUUCUUCGGGAUUUCCCCUAAAGAGGCCGAACAGAUGGAUCCUCAACAGCGCGUGUCACUUGAGGUAGCUGUGGAAGCACUCGAGGAUGCCGGAAUUCCUACCAAAAGCCUGUCUGGGAGCAACACAGCAGUAUUCUGGGGUGUCAACUCGGACGACUACUCCAAGUUAGUGCUGGAAGAUCUGCCGAACGUCGAAGCCUGGAUGGGCAUCGGUACCGCAUACUGCGGUGUGCCCAAUCGCAUUUCCUAUCAUCUCAACCUGAUGGGACCUAGUACUGCGGUGGAUGCGGCCUGUGCUUCAUCUCUCGUCGCCAUCCACCAUGGAGUCCAGGCCAUCCGGCUGGGAGAGUCUCAAGUCGCAAUUGCCGGAGGCGUCAAUGCCCUGUGUGGCCCAGGAUUGACUCGCGUCCUCGACAAAGCUGGGGCUAUCUCGUCUGAUGGAUCCUGUCGCUCUUUCGACGAUAACGCCAAUGGAUACGCCAGAGGUGAAGGUGCUGGCGCUGUCAUCCUCAAAAGCUUGCAUCGUGCCCUACUGGACCAUGAUCACAUCUACAGCGUUAUUAAGGGCAGUUCCGUUGCGCAGGAUGGAAAGACAAAUGGUAUUAUGGCCCCUAAUGUGAAAGCACAACAAUUAGCAGCACGCAAUGCUCUCGCGGCUGCAAAUGUCGACCCUCAAACCGUGCACUACGUGGAAGCUCAUGCCACAUCUACACCACUGGGUGACCCAACUGAAAUCUCCGCCAUUGCAGCCGUCUACGGUACAGGUCGUUCUGCUGACGACCCAUGCUAUAUCGGGUCUAUCAAACCAAACAUUGGUCACCUGGAAGCCGGUGCGGGUGUUAUGGGCUUCAUAAAGGCAACCAUGGCCAUCCAAAAGGGUCUCCUUCCACCCCAGGCCAACUUAAAAAAGCUCAAUAGCCGGAUCGACUGGGCUACGGCCGGCGUAAAGGUCGUCCAGGAGGCAACCCCAUGGCCUUCCUCGGACCCCAUUCGUCGGGCAGGGGUUUGUUCAUAUGGAUAUGGAGGUACCGUUUCUCACGCAGUCAUUGAGGAGUUUGGUCAAAUCUUGCAGCCAGACCCACUGGAUGAUGUGACAGUUACUGGACCUGGCAUUCUGUUACUUUCCGGUCCCCAGGAGAAACGGUUAGCCCUGCAGGCCAAAACUCUGCAAGAGUGGAUGACGGCUCAGGGAACUGAGCAUGAUCUGAUGGAUAUUCUCACCACAUUGGCUACACGAAGAGACCAUCAUGACUACCGAGCAGCGCUUGUGGUUGAUGAUCAGCUUGAUGCUACUCGGGGUUUGCAAGCAUUCGCUAACGGGGUCGACAAUCCGUUCAAGACCCAGAGUCGGGUAUUGGGCGCAGAUGUUAGCAAGGAUGUUGUCUGGGUGUUUUCUGGGCACGGUGCGCAGUGGCCGGACAUGGGAAAACAACUCAUUCACAACCCUGUCUUUUACGGAGCCAUUCAGCCCCUCGACGAGCUGAUCCAAGCCGAAAUCGGCCUGUCGCCAAUAAAGCUGCUCCGGACGGGUGACUUCGAGUCUUCUGAUUGCGUCCAGAUCCUAACCUAUCUCAUGCAAAUCGGGCUCAGCGCCAUACUUCAGAGCAAGGGCAUCACUCCACAGGCUGUGAUUGGCCAUUCAGUUGGUGAAAUUGCCGCAAGUGUUGUGGCAGGAGCUUUAUCCCCUGUAGAAGGCGCGCUGAUUGUCACCCGCAGAGCGCGGUUAUACCGUCAGGUCAUGGGCAAGGGUGGCAUGAUUCUUGUCAACCUUCCUACCAAGGAGGUUGAGGAGAUUCUGACCGACCGGACUGACCUGGUGGUGGCCAUUGAUUCAUCGCCUUCUUCUUGUGUGGUUGCCGGAGACAAAGAAGCAGUGGUACAGGCUACAGAAGACUUCAAGACACGGGGCGUGAAAACUUUCACCGUGAAGAGCGACAUUGCUUUCCAUAGCCCAACCUUGAAUGGUCUUGUCAAUCCCUUGCGGGAUGCUCUCGCAGAGGCUCUGUCUCCCACUAGCCCCGCUAUCAAGCUAUACUCUACCGCACUGGUCGACUCUCGCGGGCAGGACCUUCGCGACGCAGCUUACUGGACCGAUAACAUGGUCAAUCGGGUGCGUCUCACCUCCGCCACGAAAGCGGCCGUUGAGGAUGGAUAUCGCCUCUUCCUUGAAGUCUCAAGUCAUCCAGUCGUGUCUCACUCUAUCAAUGAGACACUGAUGGAGACCGGGUUGGAAGAUUUCGCAGUCAUACCAACUCUACUUCGCAACAAGCCGACUGAGAAGCAUAUCCUGCAUAGCAUUGCACAGCUUCACUGUCGCGGUGCGGAAGUGAAUUGGAUGGCACAAAUGCCCGGACCCUGGGCUACCGGUUUGCCUACUACAACAUGGAUGCAUAAGCCUAUCUGGCGCAAGAUAGAGACAGCACCUCUUCACACUGGCCUCAUGCAUGACGUUGAGAAGCACACGCUUCUGGGACAACGCAUUGCAGUAUCGGGCACUGACACUGUUGUCUAUACCACGCAACUGGACAAUGAAACCAAGCCAUUCCCCGGAAGUCAUCCCCUGCACGGGACCGAGAUUGUUCCAGCUGCGGGUCUGAUCAAUACGUUCUUGAAGGGUACUGGUGGCCGUAUGCUUCAGAACGUGGUGCUCCGUGUUCCAGUCGCCAUCAAUGCUCCACGGUCCGUUCAGAUCGUGGUUCAGCAGGAUCAGGUCAAGAUUCUUUCCCGACUGAUCCCUAAUGAGCCCUCAGUACUGGAUGAUGAUGCGUCCUGGGCAACUCAUACUACAGCGUAUUGGGAUCCGGCAGUACUAGCUUCAGAAGAUCGCAUAGACCUCGCCGCUGUGAAAUCAAGGCUGCCCACCAAGCUGGCAGACAACUUCUCGAUUGACUAUCUGGACAAGGUGGGCGUCUCCGCGAUGGGCUUCCCCUGGGCGGUAACCGAGCAUUACCGCAAUAAUAAGGAAAUGCUAGCGCGUGUUGAUGUCAAUCCUGCGUUUUCGGGAGAUGCGCCUCUACCUUGGGAUUCGUCCUCCUGGGCUCCGAUUCUCGAUGCUGCUACCUCCGUUGGUUCGACUGUUUUCCAAACAGCUGCACUACGCAUGCCAGCCCAGAUUGACCGUGUCGAGAUCUUCACUACGCAAGAUCCACCCAAGAUCGGCUGGCUCUACGUCCAAGAGGCCUCCGAUACAGCACCAACCUCUCACGUGAGUGUACUUAACGAAGCGGGCGAUGUAGUUGCCAAAUUUACCGCCAUGCGUUUCUCCGAAAUUGAGGGCACAGUCGGUGUCAGUGGCAGCAUGGAGAGCCUCGUGCAUCAGAUUGCCUGGCCGCCUGCAACCCCGGCCGAAGAGCCCUUGUCUAUUACGACGGUGAUUCUGGUCUCGCCCGAUGCUAACGCCCGGGCCCAGUAUGCCGCAACACUGCCAUCCCAGAUCCGGUCUUUCCAAUUUCCUGCUGUACAGGACCUCUUCAGCAAUGCUUCAUCUCUCCCACUGGAGAAGGAAACCGUAGUGGCUUACAUUCCCGGGGCUGUGGCCUCGCUGGCGGAUGUUCCAGCAGCAUCUGAGUUGUUCACUUGGAACCUCCUCGAACUGAUCAAGUUCAUCGUCAAUGGCUCUCUGCCUAUCAAGAUCUUCACCCUCACCGACAACGUAAGUAAUGGUCAGACGGUCACUGCACUUGCGCAGUCCCCAUUGUUUGGCCUGGCUCGCAUCAUCGCCUGUGAGCAUCCGGAUAUGGGAUCCCUCAUCGAUGUUGAAGAGACCACCGUCCCCCUCGCAGCAAUGCGAUAUAUCCAAGGCGCGGAUAUCAUCCGAAUUAGCGAUGGAGUCGCCCGCACCGCCCGGUUCCGCAGUCUGCCGCGUAAUAAGCUGCGCCCUCUGAGCCAAGGUGCUCGCCUUCUUCCUCGCCCCGAGGGCACGUAUCUGAUCACUGGUGGACUCGGCGUGCUCGGACUUGAGGUCGCUGACUUCCUGGUCGAGAAGGGAGCCAGGCGUCUGCUACUCAUCUCGCGACGCGCUCUUCCCCCUCGUCGGACCUGGAACCAAAUCAGCCCGGAUCUCCAGUCAACUAUUGACAAGAUCCGCCAACUGGAGAGUCAAGGCGCGUCGGUCCAUGUGCUUCCACUUGAUCUCACGCAGCCGGAUGCAGUCAAACAGCUAUCAGAGGCGCUAGAUCGCCUUGCCCUCCCUGCGGUGCAGGGUGUCGUCCAUGCUGCUGGUGUUUUGGACAACCAACUAGUACUGCAAACCACGCGCGACGCCUUCAACAGGGUUCUGGCGCCCAAGAUCUCGGGUGCACUAGCUUUGCAUGAAGUAUUCCCCCCCAAGAGUGUUGAUUUUUUCGUCAUGUUCUCUUCUUGCGGAAACUUAGUCGGCUUCACCGGCCAAGCCUCCUACGGUAGCGGCAACGCGUUCUUAGACACUCUUGCCACGCACCGGGCCAGUCAAGGGGACACGGCCGUAUCAUUCCAGUGGACCUCCUGGCGAGGUUUGGGAAUGGGCGCCAGCACAGAUUUCAUCAAUGCAGAACUUGAAUCCAAGGGAAUCACAGAUGUGACCCGCGAUGAGGCCUUUUCUGCUUGGCAGCAUCUCGCAAAGUAUGAUAUUGACCACGGUGUAGUCUUGCGAAGUCGCGCCUUUGAAGACGGGGAGCCAAUUCCGGUGCCUAUCCUCAACGAUAUCGCAGUUCGACGCGUCAGCGCAAUGCCUAGCGGCGGGCAGGUGGCUGCAGGUUCCAAUGGCAGUGAUGCAAUGCCUACAUCGGGGCCAGCACUCAAGACAUACCUGGAUGAAAAGAUUCGGGAAUGUGUGGCCAAGGUCUUGCAGAUGGCGGCCAGUGAUGUGGAUUCGAAGGCUGCCCUGGCUGAUCUGGGUGUCGACUCGGUCAUGACCGUUACUCUGCGCCGCCAGUUGCAGCUGACAUUGAAAACCGCCAUACCUCCUACCCUGACGUGGAGUCACCCCACUGUCAGUCAUUUGGUGACGUGGUUUACUGAGAAGAUGAGUAAAUGA